UGCACACAUGCACUCAAACUCGCAAUGAUGCUGGAAUCAAAUCAGCCAGAAAUGCGGAUAAAGGAAUAAAAGUAACAGUGUGACUGCUCCACAGGGCAACUUAUAUUUUCAACCUGAAAAGGAGCGCGUGAGCUCUAAACCAAUGGCGUUAACUCAGUCAGAACGGAACCCAGCCAUAAACGUGGUGGGGUGACCAAUGUGACCUGGUAAACUUUGAAUCUGUGGAGUAUACGCUCGCACAGACAAGCUGCAGAGAUGUACCAGGAAGUCGCCUUCCUUGCCGGCAGCACCGAUCAUCAGUUUACCACCUUCCACCUCUCCAACCCUUUGAAGAACCCUCAUGAGAUCAGCAGCAAAAAGGGCGUGUUCUACAAACGAGCACAACUGCAGCGCAAGCCUAGAAAGGAGGAUGAGGUUAGCCGGCAUCGAGCAGGUGGCGUGGAAGAGGGUGGUGCAGUUGAUCGUGCCGCCAUCAUUAACGUAGGCGGCAUCCGUUAUCGCAUACCGUGGUCCACUCUCGAGGAGUUCCCGUUGACGCGCCUGGGGAAGUUACGGAGCUGCAGCAAUGACGAGGAGAUCCUUGACUUGUGUGACGACUAUGAUGCUCACUGCAAUGAAUUUUUCUUUGACCGAAGCCCCAAUGCUUUCCGUUCCAUUGUCACGUUCCUGGCGGCCGGAAAGCUUCGUCUCUUGCGGGAGAUGUGUGCACUUUCCUUUCAGGAGGAGUUGCUUUACUGGGGUGUAGAGGAGGCAAGUCUGGAGUGGUGUUGUUUAAGAAAGUUGCGUCUUCGGCAGGAGGAGCAGCGGGAAAGAUUCCGGCAAGAGGAGGAGGAGGCCGAACUUACUUCACGUCAGUCUUAUGAGGAGGCACCAGGGGUUGUGAGCCCAGACGAGGGGCGUUAUGCUGGGUGCAUGCACAGCCUCAGAGACAUGGUGGAGAAUCCCCACUCUGGGAUUGCUGGGAAGAUAUUUGCCUGCCUGUCUGUAGUUUUUGUGGCCAUUACGGCAGUUACACUGUGUGUCAGCACCAUGCCGGACAUGAGGGAGGAGGAGGAGAGGGGUGAGUGCUCGCAGAGGUGCUACAACAUCUUUGUGCUGGAAACAGUUUGUGUGGGCUGGUUCUCCCUGGAGUUCUUGUUACGGUUCAUCCAGACGCAGAGCAAGUGCACUUUCUUGCGCACACCCCUCAACAUCAUUGACGUGGUGGCCAUCCUGCCCUACUACAUCACCCUGAUCGUGGACUCACUCUCUGUCAACGACCGCCCCACUGGCUCAGGGAACAACUACCUGGAGAAGGUCGGAUUGGUCCUGAGAGUUCUUCGAGCAUUGCGAAUCUUUUACGUAAUGCGUUUAGCCCGGCACUCUUUGGGGCUGCAGACGCUGGGACUGACAGUACGCCGCUGCACUCGUGAGUUCGGAUUGCUUCUGCUUUUCCUGUGCGUGGCCAUGGCGUUGUUCUCGCCACUGGUCUUCCUGGCAGAGAGCGAGCUGGGCGCCAAGCAGGAGUUCACCAGCAUCCCCGGUAGUUACUGGUGGGCUGUGAUCUCCAUGACGACAGUUGGAUACGGAGACAUGGUUCCUCGCAGUAUUCCUGGUCAGGUGGUUGCACUUAGCAGCAUCUUGAGUGGAAUCCUGCUCAUGGCAUUCCCAGUCACGUCUAUAUUUCACACUUUCUCGCGCUCCUACGUGGAGCUUAAAGAGGAACAGAAUCGGGCCUCCAGAUACAAGCCCGAUUUCCAGGACAGCACUAAAUCCCAAAACAGCGAGGAUUCCCAGGACACAGAUAGUUCCAUACAUGCAAUCACGGAACCUACGGCAGCCAUCGGUGCACACCACCACAGAUCUGUUGUCACAGCAAGUAAAGGUGUCCCACAGGUCAGGAGAUCACUGAAGUCUUAACGCACACAGCUGACUGCAAGACUCUUCUUGAAGAAAUAACACUUACAAAACGUGUGACAGAUGAGCUGCCGUAUGUAGUAUGUGUGCAGACAUCGGGAAGGUGGGCGUUAUGAUGGACAUAAUGGGUUAGUAUGUCCAAAGCUCAAUUAUGUAA